AUGAAUACCAACAGGUAUCCAAAAUGUCAGGAGGCUUUCUCUGCCAUUGAGAACGAAGACCUGCCACAUCCUCUGGGGAAAUUACUGACUACCUUUAUCGCAAAUGCGUUGAAUCCUUCUCUUGCCGCAACUCAUGUCCUCAACCACUGUCGUCCAGGCCAAGAACGCAAGAUCGAUCUUUAUGCGCUUAUUUCAGAUUGGACGUUCAUCGUGGAAUCAAUCACAAAGUACGGGACCACAUCGCCUGCCCCCGACAGUAGGACCAAAGCUCAAAUCCUCAAAAGGGAUGGAAACCGAUGUUGCAUCACGGGGAAGCCAGCAGGUUUCGGGGACCCCUUGGUAGUCAUGCCUGUUAUUCUCGCGCCAUCCCGCUGGCUUGAAGCCGAGCCGAGAGUCCAUGAAAUGCUUCGAGCCUUCUUCAGCCCCCCUUAUCUCGAUUGGUGGUUAGCUUAUACAGAGCGACUGAAGCGUGUAGAUCCCAUCGACGGCCACUGGCUUGUGCGCAGGUCAGCUGCCGAGGCUUACAGCAAUGGGUUGGUAAAGUUACAUCGGCUAAAACCGUCAAUGAUCGAAUACCGGGUUGGUUGGUGUCUGAUUGGGACCGUAGAACCAAUGAUCGAUGUCGAUGGCCAAUAUCCUCUUCUCGGAGACCACUCACGGUCGGGAAUACGCAAGGUAGACGCACGUUUCAUCGGGACCCAGGCCCGAUUGGCCUCGAGCAUGAGAUGGCUUGAGGUCAGGAAGCAUAUCGUGAACAACGAAACCACGAUAGCUCAGGCGCCGAUACAACCUUCGGUAUCCAGGCCAGGUUUGAUAUCAGCUAUAUUCCAGAUUUGCCGCACAGUCUUCUGGCGAGCUUGGCUUCUAAACCCCCAAUUCAUUCGGUUAUCGGCGUACAAAGUAUUGAAAAACAUUGGACACCGUCUUUAUGGAAGUACAAGCUCCUUGGCAGUUAGCCGUCUGCCUUUCGGUCUUUACCUGAAGGCCACUAACGAAGGGGCUUUUAACGAAUCCAAAGCGCUCGAUCUUGUUCACAAGUACACUUCUGUUCCGGUCCCUCGUGUGUUGGAUCUAGUCGCAGACUCACGAAAUACAUAUCUCUUGACGACCAGUCUCUGCGGUGAGCCUCUCGCCAGAGCAAUGGAUAUGUUCUCCGAUCGAGACUGCCACGACGACCCAAGAAUUCGAGAUGGGGAUCCCAUUGGACCCUUCGAAGACGAAGCUUCUUUCAGUCAAUAUCUUCGCCAUCCCGAUGAUCCUGCACGGAGAGGCCAUCAAAUUGUAUUUACCCACGCCGACUUGAACCUGCGAAACAUCCUUGUGGACAAAGUCACAAGACUAGAUGGGACAAGGGGCUGGGUGGUCUCAGGAAUCGUCGAUUGGGAAAACAGUGGGUUUUACCCUGAAUACUGGGACUGUACCAAGGCUCAGUUUGAGGGAUUUAGAUGGGAUGAGCGCUGGACUAGGGCUUUGCUCGAAGUUUUCCGCCCAUUUGGAGGUUAUGUAAAGGAGAUUGAACUGGAGAAGAGGAGCUGGAGUGAAGGUGAUGGCGCAUUUUGA